GCUACGGUGAAUCGAUAACGUCUUCUCGCAGAGUGUGCAUAUCACCUUGGUUUUAGUGAAUGUUCGAUCUUUGUUUAUUUGGAGCACGAUCUUCCCGUCCAGAAGGUCCUCAGGUUCAUCAGAAUUAUCCAUGUUGUUUGUUUGUUUGAAUGGCAGCUGCCGUCUGACUGCAUUAGAGCGGCGACUAGUGCAGAGGCGGCGGAAUUGGAAGGUCCUUCUGCGCAUGCGUUAAAUGUGUUUAAAAAAACAAAACAAAGGAUUAAUCCUGUAAUUUAAUCAUAGCGCGUUAACUCGUUAUUUUUCACAGCUCUAGUUAAAAGCAGAGGUUAAAUUUCCCUACCUGCAUGAGUGUGCCUGUGCAUGUCUGUGCUUGUGUUUGGGACAAAUAAAUGCAUCUUAAUCUUUGUGCCAUCAUUUGGAACCAGUCUGUGCAGUAGCUGUCAAGGUUUAGCUGAUAUUUGACCAAUCGCAGUUCCGUCUCAGCUCUCAAUCAUGAUCUUUCACCUAGUUUUAAAGCACUGAAUAACUAAUUAAAACCAAACUGACAAACGAGUGACAAUAACGACCUAAAAUGAUAGAAGCCAUCUUUGAGGGAAAUGUACUUGACUUUUUAGUUAAGUCCAUGUCCCAUCCACUCACAUGAUGGAGGUGUGGUUUAUGACCUUUACUGCAGACAGCCACCAGGGGCUUAUUGAGAUGCUUUGGCUUCACUAUUAGGGAAAAGUCAUGUCCAUGUUUAUGAACAGUCUAUGGUUGACAGUAAAGACAGAUCACAAGACGUGAGUUUGACACUUAACAGCACAUUUACUUCUAAUCCCUCAGGUUUGAUUUUGCGAACUCCAACGUGAAUGACGAGCACCUGAAUAAGAUGAACCCUCACCGCGUUCCUGAUGUGGUGCUGAUCAAGAAGAGCUACGACCGCAGCAGGAGGGUGAAGCGCAGGAACUGGAAACUGGAGGAGAUGCCCAGAGACCGUGAAGACAACAACACAGAUGAUGAGAGACAAUACCAGGACUUCCUCGAGGAUCUGGAGGAGGACGAGGCUCUGAGGAAGAAUGUCAACAUCUACAAAGAUGCGUCAAAGAUCCCUGUGGAGAGCGACGCCGAGGAUGAAGGAGCGCCACGUAUUUCCCUGACGGAGAUGCUGGAGGAGCUCACCCUAUCAGACGCCACAGGAGGAGAUGGCACAGACAUGAUGAAAGAAUAACCAGUCGCCAUCAGUGUGUCACUGAGGGCUCAUCUGUCAAACAAAUGUCCACUGAAGAGGACAUCAACAACAAAGCUAAUUCUGAACUGACACAACUGAUGAGGGAUUCAAACAAUCGACUGAGGCUUUUUGUUGAUUGAAAUGAAUCAUCACAGUUGAGUCAGUUAAAUGUGGAUAAUGUCCGUGCCACUAAGUAACAGAUAAGUUUCUUUUGAGAAACGGGACAUGCAGUUACUGGUCCUGCAAAUUUAAGAUUUUAAGUAAUUUCUCUACUUCUCUUCUCCUUUUGUGGUGUAUAAUCUUUGAAGUGAAGUAUAAAUGGAGUGACUAUAGUAAACUCUAUCCAAAUAAG